AAUUUGAAAACUGUAUGUUUUUUCAACAAAAACAUCUAUGUUUCGUAAUAAAAAGUAUUGAACAAAGCUAUUGACAACAUAGUACUAAAUAUUGAGUAUCAAUGGAGUACGAAAACGAUGAUACUUGGCGACGAUCCAGCUCACCUAAGGAGGUUUCCUGUCACCCAAUUCCAAAGAAAUCAACGACUACAGCAGUUAUCGUGCUUGGACUCGCCGUCUUAAGUUGCUUACUUGGCUACUGUGUAUUGAGUGAAACUCUGCCUUACGAAUCGAAAACAUUACGCCUAGUUAUUAUUUUCUUUCGACAUGGAGCUAGGACACCAGUUACAACAUAUAAAAGCGAUCCUUUCAAAAAUUAUCAAUGGCCUGAUGGACUUGGCAGUCUAACAAAUGCAGGUAAACUGCAGUUGUAUGAAUUGGGUAAAAAAUACCGCAACUAUUAUGCUAACUUCAUACCUGAAGAAUACUAUGAGAAAGAAGUAUAUAUAAAGAGCAGUGACAAGUCCAGGUGUAUGAUGAGUGCAUACACUUUUCUGGCUGGCCUAUUUCCCCCUUCCGAAAGACAGAUGUGGCACCCUGAGUUAGCUUGGCAACCAAUCCCCGUACAUUCAUUACCGAGACAUCUUGAUAAUGUUGUAGCAGCCACAAAGCCUUGUAAAGUGUGGAAAGCAAUGUACAAUGAGUUGUUAGAUGAGAAAAAUGCUGAUCCAAAAUUUACAGAAAUCUUUGACUACUUAAGUAAAUAUACAAAUCAAACCAUGCGAAGUGUAUUGGAUGUGGACUUCCUUUACAGCACUCUACAAACGCAGCAGGAAGCUGGCUUGAAACUUCCCGAGUGGACUAAAAAUGUUUUUCCUCACAAAAUGAAGGUUCCAUUUAUGCUUAGUUUGGCUUUGCUUUCUUACAAUUCGACUCUGCAAAAGUUUCAUACCGGUCCACUACUUGGUGAAAUAAAACAGUACCUACAAGAAAGUGUGAACCAUAUUAACAUUGACAGAUCUUUGUACAUUUAUUCUGGCCAUGAUGUUAAUGUUGUGUCUCUAUGGCGUGCUUUAGGUUUCGAAGAACUUUUAGAGCCAGAAUAUGGGGCAAGUUUAGCAAUUGAAUUGCAUGAAGAGGUUGAACAGGACAAUUUCUUUAUUAGGUUAUUCUACCGCAACAACACCAAAGUUGAAGAACCAAUGGAACUAAAGCUACCAUUUUGUAAUGAUCCCUGUACUUAUGAGAAAUUUGCUGAAUAUAUCGAUUUACUUGUACCGCAUGAUUGGGAAAUUGAAUGUCAUAAUUAAUUUUAGAUAUGAUGUUCAUAACUUUACGUAUUAUAUAGGUUUAAAUAUAUUACCACUGUCGUAAAUUGGUGGAAAAUAUAAAUGUUAUAUAUAAGAAACAAGUAAUGUUGAUGAAAUUGUAUGUUAUAAUUCCCUGCAAACAUGAUAAAAAUGAUAUUAACUAAAACUCAAUUUUAAAAAUAUUUUUACUAAAUAAUAAAUUUGCCAAAAUAUUUAGUACCUUCUAUUUAAGGUUAAAGCAACCAUAAAAUAUUAUACAACUGAAUACUUACGAUUUAUGACUGACAUUCCAUUUAUAUUAAAUGAACAAAAAACUAUUGCAAUUAUUUUAUGUAUAUUGCAUGCAAAUAAGAAUUAUUUUCUUGUUGGUUACCUUUUACAAGCUUUAACUUCUAAACAAACUUAUUCAAUGUUAAAUAAUUAUAAACAAAUAAUCUAGAUGUUUGUUAUUUAUUUUUUAUAUUUUACUAUAAUAAAACCAAAUAUUUUAAUAUUGUAUGAAAUAUUUAUAUUGUAUGUGCCAUAAACUAGAAAGGUAUUAUAAUAUAAAAUAUAGUAUUGUUAUAUAAAGAGGAAUGUCCAUUUUGGUAAUCGGAACGAGGAUGUUCUAAUGAUAAUCAUUAUCCGAAUAAUUUAAAUUAGGAUAAAUAAAUUGAUGUUAUUCGAAAUACGUAAUAUAUUGCGCCAUAAGUACCUAUAUUGUUUUUUUUUUUUAUUAUUAUAUUUAAAUGGUCAUUAUAUCGUUCAAAUAUUAAUUCUAAAUUUUAAAGUGUAUUUUUUUUUUAUAAGAAUAAAUUUAUUGAUUUAUUUUGUUUUUUAAUUAUCGGUUACGAUUAAUUUUCUUAUAGUAUGGAUUUCGUAAUAAUUUUUUUACACUUUAAAUUAUAGGUAGGUGACAUAAAAUAGUUAUAUAAAUUGUAGUCAAAUUCGUUAUUGGUCUAAUAUAGGUAUGGUAUGUUAUACAAAUUAUAUUAGUUAUAAAUACCUAUUUAAAAUAAUAUUUAGAUAAUGUCAAUACUUAAAUAUAUAUUAAUACGUAACACUGAUAUUAUUUUCGUAAUUAAAAACGAUGUGCUAUAAAUAAUUCGAAUGUAAAUGUUAAUUAUAUAUAACUUUCUUUAUUUAAUUAUACAGGGAAAAAUUAAUUUCUUCUAUGCGAAAAUUGAUCACAACAAUAAAUAAUAAAAGACACUGCGAAGCAGGUAAUCCUACGUCUCAUGCACAUUUUGGAAAUUUCAAUACGGAAUUUAAGGUCUUGCAAUUCAAUUUUUAUGUAUUAACACAUUUAAGGACUAAACGCACUACCGGGAUUUGCAUUCGUUUUUGUUGCUUCACUACAAUGUUCCACGUUCCUCCUUGGUCCUUUUAUAAUCUGAGUCCAAUGCCUGUUUUUAAAGCUUUAAAUUUAUUGAAAUCAACUUUUUUCGUAAAUAAUUUAUUUGUACUUAUUAAUAAGCAUGUUUUGUAUACGUUUAUUAUAAUUAUAAUAAAAUAUUGUAUGUGA